AUGUUCAACAAACGCCACAAACUCAAGUUAAACAAUUGCCACAAAUUAAAGUUCACUAAAAACCACAGACGCAAGUUCAACAAUUGCCACAAACUCAAGUUCAACAAACCUAAGUACAAAAAACAAACAAACUCAAGUUCAAAAAACACCACAAACUCAAGUUCAAACACGACACAAACUCAAGUUCAACUAACACCCAAAUCUCAAGUUCAAAAACACCACAAACUCAAGUUCAAAAACGAAACAAACUCAAGUUCAAAAACACCACAAACUCAAGUUCGAACACAACACAAACUCAAGUUUAACAAACACACAAAGUCAAGUUUAAAAACACCACAAACUCAAGUUCAAACACGAAACAAACUCAGGUUCAUAAACACCACAAACUCAAGUUCAAAAACAUUCAGUUCAACAAACACAGAAACUCAAGUUCAACCAAUACACAAUUAUUAA